AUGAACUCUACGAUUUGCUUUGCUGUCAUCUUUGCCGCCGUUGCCACCUCAUUCGCCCCAGCCAGUGCGCAGCAGGGGAGGGUCUGCGAACCAGCCUGUGGAGAGCUGAAUGGUGAGAAGAACACCUGGAUCGCCACGUGCUGCCAGCAAAACGGCCAUACCAGCGAGAACGACUUCGACCAAUGCUGUGCAUCGAGUUGCAGCACCGAGAGUCCUUGCAAGUAUGAGAACCUGGGCGGAUUCCCCGCUUAA